AUGCCCAACUGCCCUCGUUGUAACAAACCUGUCUACUUCGCUGAAAGAGUUACGUCUAUUGGAAAGGAUUGGCACAGGCCGUGUUUGCGAUGUGAGAACGAGGCCUGUAAGAAAACCCUUGCUGCAGGAAGUCAUUCAGAGGUAGAAAACUUUUCUACUGAUCAUGUCAUAUUAGACCAACUCUUCUACUGA